GGCAAUGUUCUGGUGAUGCUGUCGUUCAAGGUCAACAGUCAACUAAAGACAGUCAACAACUACUACCUUCUCAGCUUAGCCUUCGCUGACCUCAUAAUAGGAGCCCUGUCCAUGAACUUAUACACCUCAUACAUUCUAAUGGGCUAUUGGUCCUUAGGGAACCUAGCCUGUGACCUCUGGUUAGCCCUGGAUUAUGUGGCCAGCAAUGCCUCCGUUAUGAACUUGUUAGUCAUCAGUUUCGACAGGUACUUCUCCAUCACAAGGCCGCUGACCUAUAGAGCCAAGAGGACGCCGAAGAGAGCGGCUAUUAUGAUUGGCUUAGCGUGGUUGGUGUCGUUUGUCCUCUGGGCACCGCCUAUCCUGUGCUGGCAGUACUUUGCGGGAGAGAGGACGGUCCCGGCAGACCAGUGCCAGAUCCAGUUCUUCUCCGAGCCGGUGAUCACGUUCGGCACGGCCAUCGCAGCGUUCUACAUCCCCGUCUCCAUCAUGACCCUCCUCUACAGUAGGAUCUACAAGGAGACAGAGAAACGCACCAAGGACCUGGCUGAGCUGCAGGGUCUCACCACAUCUGGUCACCCAGAGACUGUUAAUAAACCCCAGAAAACAGUUCUGUUACAGUCCUGUUUUGGCUCCAGUAAUGACAGGAGGGACAGGAGGAACCAGGCCUCAUGGUCCUCGUCCAACCAGAGCAACGUCACCAAGACCACGACCCGGUCGGACGAGCUGGCCUGGGCCCAUGCUGACCAGAUCACCUCCUUUAACAGCUACACCUCGUCCGAGGAGACUCGCCAUCCUGUUUCCACGGCAACCUCUCAGGGGACAAUCAAAGGUCAAGUUCAAAGUCAGACAGAGAAAGGACAGACGGCCGCCGAUUACGGUGAUAACGAAGAAGGCGAGUAUUUCCAGACCGCCACUCCACCGCUGAAAAAACUCAGCAAGAAGGGAAUAUCUUACAAGUUCAAAUUGGUCUCGAAGGAUACCAGCAGCCCUCCUCAGAAUGACAAAAUCACCAACAACACAGACCUCAAAACAGCUCCUCCACGUCCCUCUGAAUCUGACCAGGUAGGUCAGAACCACCACCAGAACUCCUCUCCAUCAUCCCCCACCACCACCACCACCACCACCACCACCACCACCACCACCACCCCCAAGCCCAUGGACCCCUCCCUGAAGAGCCAGAUCACCAAGAGGAAGAGGAUGGUCCUCAUCAAGGAGAAGAAAGCUGCCCAGACCCUCAGUGCCAUCCUCCUGGCCUUCAUCCUAACAUGGACGCCGUACAAUAUCAUGGUGCUCAUCUCCACCUUCUGUUCUGACUGCAUCCCUGUGUCUCUCUGGCACCUGGGCUACUGGCUCUGCUAUGUCAACAGCACCAUCAACCCCAUGUGUUACGCGUUGUGUAAUGAGACCUUUCGGAAGACCUUUAAGAUGCUGUUGAUGUGUCGGUGGAGGAAGAAGAGAGGGGAGGAUAAGCUGUACUGGUGCGGACAGAACCCGGCCAUCAACAGCAAGAUGACAUGAUGUGGUGUGGAAUAGAGAAUAUAUAUAUAUAUACGUAUUUGAACAUUCAGCAGCAGACCCUUUUAUCUAAAAUAACUUUUUGUACAUCAGAUAUGUUUAGCAAAUGAGGCCCAUAUGGUAUUAAACCCACAACAAAUAACAAAACGUGCACUCGGGGCAGAACUGAGUUUGGGAAAGCGCGAUGUACAUAUUGAAUAUACCACACAUUGCUGCAACUGUACUGUAGGGAUAGCAAUGGAAGUGUGUUUGCUCAAACACAGUAACUAGUGGUCAUAGAUAUAUCUAUGAGGAUGAGUAAUGCUGUAUACUGUUGCACCAUCACACACCUCUUCAUGUCAAAUGUUUCCUAUAUAAGCUAAUGUGCCUUUGUUCGUCAGAAGGUCUGGUGAUGAAGACUUGUAAUUGUGAAUGGAUCGGUGUUGACCUUGCUACUGUAUUGUGAAUGGAUCGGUGUUGACCUUGCUACUGUAUUGUGAAUGGAUCGGUGUUGACCUUGCUACUGUAUUGUGAAUGGAUCGGUGUUGACCUUGCUACU